AUGAAAGUCAAAGCCGUUUCAUUUUUUGGUAUGUAUAAAAGUAAUGAUGUCAAUGGCUCUCAAAGUAAGCUAACCAUACGGCGAUGUGCAUCUGCUGCCAAUUAUUAUUCAUUACAUAAUGAUACUGGUGAUAGUAGUACUGAGACAGCAGAAGAGGGUGAUGGUCAAGAGGAAGAAAAAAGAAAUAAUAAUACGACAUUUGAAACUGAUUCUGGUAUUGGUUCGUUAUCUCAAUCUCGCCGGCAAAGUAUUUUGACACCAAAUAAAAUCGUAGCCAGUAGUUCAUCAAAUAUUAUUAAAACAACAACUAUAAAUAACACCGCUAAACAAGUAAACAAAUCUAAAAAUUUAUUUCGAAGACUUUUCCAAUCAAGAACAUCAGUAUCAAAACCGGUAAAAAGAGAAUCAGUUGCUGCACCAUUUUCUGCUUAUGGGCAACCAGCACCAUUAAUCGUGACUCAAGGUCCAUUAAGAGCAUUUGUUAUUCGUCACGGUGAACGAUUAGAUCGAUAUUAUUCAUCACAAUGGUUAAAACAAGCAUUCGAUCAAAAUGGAAAUUAUUGUCGAUUUUCACCUGUAUUACCUGAAACGUUACCAUUGCGUAAUCCAGUUAGUUCGUAUGAUUUAGAUACCCCAUUAUCUUAUAAAGGCAUUACUGAAUCGUUUUUAACUGGAACGGUUUUGCGUACAAAACAAAUUCAAAUUAAUUAUUGUUAUUCAUCACCGGCUAUACGUUGUAUUCAGACUGCAACAAAAUUAUUAGAAGGUUUACAAUUACAAAAUAAAGUAAAAAUUCGAAUCGAACCUGGUUUAUUUGAAUGUACUGGAUGGUAUUUGGAUGAAAUAUCGGGUAAAUAUUUACAACCUCAAUUUAUGACAAAGGAUGAAUUAAUUGCUAGUCAUUAUCCCAUUGAUAAAUCAUAUAAAGAACACUUGAGUUUGAACGUACUGGCACACGCAGAAAAUGAAUUAGAAUAUUAUGAGAGAAGUCAUUUAAUAGCAUCGGUAAUAAUGAAACAACACGAACAAGAAUUGAUCAAUCAUAUACAAGCCGAUAAAGUAAAUGUAAAUACGGCGAGUCAUGUAUUGUUAGUAGGUAAGAACGAUUAUUGAGUUAAGUAAGAAAAUGUUUAAGUCCAUUCGUAUUCACUGGUUCAACCAGGAUUCUUAAACUUCUAAGCCGUGUGCUAUAAAAAAAUUGUCGUUAGACCUUGUGAUUCGAACGAUUCUUUUUGAGCCUCAAAAGACGGGUAUACGACUGACAAUUGGCCCAGUUAAACUUUUUCAAAAAAAUGGCCCCGUAAGUAGUAGAAGAAUAUUGUCAUCCAUUCUUAAGUCAUUUUCGUAGUCAAAACCGGACUGGUUUUUCAUCGACAGGGCUCCAGUUAUAGUAGACGGCUGUCAGAGCUGGACAGUUCCGACCCCUUCCGGCUCCCGCGCCCCUCCUAGAGUUUUUAAAUGCGGCUCAGGCUCUCGAGUUAAGAAAACGAGAGAGAAAGAAAAGGACAAAGAAAAGAGAGAAAGAAACAUACUAUUGUUCUUUUGAAAAUCUUUUUGAAGUACACAUAUACUCUAUAAUUGCAUGAUAUAUACAUAAGGAAUCUUCUUUCGAAAGCGUUACAUUAAAUAGAAGGAGUUCAAGGCUGAGGUAACAUAUAUUAACAUGUCAUCAGCGCACACACUUAUAUUAUUAUUUGCCAUAUGAGUGCCAUUUUUACCUCGAUCGAACGUGCACACCGUCAUCCGCACGCCGGCUCAAUUUUUUUGAAAAAAGCUCUCGUUAGGGACCUCGGUUCUGAACAUCUUUUCCACUCAGAGUUUUGCUUCAAAAUGCUUGGUUCAGGCGAAACUAGCCAUAGGGUUAGAUAAAAAAAUUUUCGGUGAGCCAAAGACCGGCGAUGUUUUUAAGUUUUGAAUUUUUUCUUCACGCCUUCCCGCUUUGUAUAGGACACUUCGAAGUGUAUGUUUGGAAGUUUUUUCGGGUUGCUGGGGCUUUUUCGGGUUACGAAAUUAUUUGGCUGAGAAAAAAUAAAUUACUUAAAACACUAUUGCGCGUGUCUAGCUAACUCUAGCUGUGUAAGUAAUUCCGCAACGUUUUUUGGUGAUUUUGUUUUAUUUGCAGAAACUUUUCAAAAAGUCAGAACUCAAAAGCGAAUGAGCCAUUUUGUAGACAACUCAAUUCUCUAUCGAAUGACCUGGCUUUGAAAAGUUUUAGCGCAAAUCUCUUGGUUAGAAAAUUCAAAACAAUGAGAGCCACUUUACAAGUUCAUGAAAAAGACAUGCAAAAAGUAGCUCUCAAUGUUUUGAAUUUCCUAACCAAGAGAUUUUCGCUAAAACUUUUCAAAGCCAGGUCAUUCGAUAGAAAAUUGAAUUGUCUACAAAAUGGCUCAUUCACUUUUGAGUUCUGACGUUUUGAAAAGUUUCUCCAAUUAAAACAAAAUCACCAAAAAAAACUUUACGACCUGUCCACCUAAGGUUCGCAAAGUUAGAAAUUACAGCAGCAUCUCAGAUAUUUUUUAAAGACAUAUAGAUCGAUAGAGCUCGGUGAGCUGAACACGAUGGGGUCGUCAGAAUCGAGAAAAUACCUUUCUGUAAUGGCGAUAUUGGCAAAAUACUGAAAUUCGCGUAAAAAUUGAAAAAUGCACUUCUUUCGCGUAUGUUGGCUGCCUUUUUUCUGCGCUUUGUUCUAUGGCCUUCGGAUGAAGUUUUUCGGAUUAGCUCGAUAAACUGCACUAAAAAACAUGCUUUUCAAAUUCGGAUGGUUCUUGCUGGCUUCGCCGAAAAAUCCGCUCGAAAAAAUGCCGCCUCCGGUGGCGCGAAACUAUCUAGUUUUUUACCUUAAGUCAUAGAACGCUGGUUCUUGCGCCAAAAGAUGCGCCUUGAAACGGAGAACAAAAGUAUCUUUCUAGAGUUUCUAGGCACUUGGCAGACCUUAGAGUUACUUUCAGAAAAAAUUAGGUUCAAUUUACUGUAAUGAAAGUUCUGCUCUUCUUUGUUCAAUGGUGACGAUCCUGUAUGCACCUCAUCUGAUAGAAAAAUCUUUGGGCUAUUCAAAACAUUAUUCAGAUUGGUUCCAGCUUUUACUAAAAGGGCCAAAAACAAGGAGGUUCUUGUGAUUAUGACAGACGGUAUUGCUUAGACAACACCCGAAAGCUUCUUUUCCAUAUCUUUAAUGACUGGCCCCACCUGUCUGAUAUUGUACCAGCUCACUUUGUAGACAAUUUCAGGGGCUAUCUAGUGGUAUGUGUUCGAACAAUACAUAAUUUUCAUUAGCGAAGAAAAACAACUAACGGAGUGUUGAAAGCACUAAGAUAGGUCAAAAUUCUUAUAUUGGCCAAAUAUUUCAACUAUUGGCCCAUGUUGGAUUAUUUCUGAAAGACUUUUUUAUGGCCCAUCUUGAAGCUCGUGAAAUUCUCUAUUGAAUGGUAUAUCUAUCGUAGUGGCUAGUUUAGAAACGGUGAUCAGGGGAUCGUCACCAUUGAACAAAUCAGGCACUUUUCACUGCUUUCCAGGCAGUAUUUCUAAUGUCAAGGUACCCUAGAACGCUUUUUUCACUAUCAUAUAUAUAUGAACUUGUAGUCCGAGAAAUUCUCUAUCGAAUGGUAUAUGUAUCGUCAUGGCUAGUGACCAAGUGUGGACCACAGGAUCGAAAACAUGCUUUUCAAAUUCGGAUGGUUCUUGCUGGCUUCGCC